ACCCGCUGCACAGGCCGCGCCCAUAGCUCCUCCUGGAUAAAAACAUUCUCCUUCUUCUUAGUUUGGAAGGAGCUGAGUGAACACCAUGACUGGUAAAAGGGCGCUUGUGGUCCUGGCCCACCAGGAGAAGACCUCAUUUAGCUAUGCCAUGAAGGAAGCGUCUCUGGAAGCUCUGAAGAAGAGAGGCUGGCAGGUCACUGUGUCCGAUCUUUACGCCAUGAAAUUUAACCCUGUGUUGUCACGGGAUGACAUUUUAGGAGAUCCCGAAGAUCCCAAUAACUUCAAGUAUUCCCCUGAAGCAUCGAAGGCUUGGAAAGAAGGCCGUCUUAGCAAAGACAUAGUUGAAGAGCAGAAGAAACUGGAAGCUGCUGAUUUGGUCAUAUUCCAGUUUCCGGUGUAUUGGUUUGGACUUCCUGCUAUUCUGAAGGGCUGGUUUGAUCGUCUUUUAACCCAGGGAUUUGCUUACAGCAUGCAAGGCAUGUUUGAUACUGGGAAUUUUAAGAAUAAGAAAGCAAUUUUGUCCUUCACCACUGGCGGCAUGGAAUCCAUGUAUACUCCUGCUGGUAUCAAUGGCGACAUUAACGUCAUUCUGUGGCCCAUACAGCAAGGCAUCCUCCACUUCUGUGGCUUCCAGGUUCUAGAGCCACAGAUCUCUUACAGCAUCGCACAUACUCCUCCUGAGAAGCGCUCUAUGAUUCUGAAGGCCUGGCAGGAGCGCUUGGGCAAGAUCUGGGAGGAGAAGCCCAUCAGCUUUGUACCCAAUGAGAAUUUCGACCUGACCUUUCCAGGUGGCUUUGUACUAAAAAAGGAAGUCGUGGAGAAGGAAUCGGACAACAAGUAUGGACUGACUGUGGGGCAGCACCUGGGUAAACCUCUGCCCUGUGAUAAUCAGGUGAAAGGGGGCAGCACCAGGCUCUGAGUGCGUUUUACUGACCUAUGUACUACCUAUACAAUAAAUGCCAGUGUUUCCCAGUAA